AUGGAAAACCCAGCUAAGGAAAUCCCCGGCGUAAUCCACCUCCUCACACAAUCUCCUCCAUCGAUACAGCGCGAAACAAUCGAGACAUACUUCACGCAAGAUGCCUCAUUCACACACCCCUUCUGCCGGACCGGCAGCUUCGACAACUCGCGCUUCCUAAUCAGGGCGAUAUACCGAUGGUACAAGAUACUGAGUCCCAAGAUCGAGUUGACGAUCAAUUCAGUGGCAUACGACGAACCCAACCUCCUCCUCUACGUAAACAUCACCCAAGUCUUCGGCAUCUGGGUCAUCCCCUUCCACCGCGCGCGAGUGAACCUCACCACCGUCCUCGCGCUCAGGCGCAAUCGCGGCGACGAGAAAUACUACAUUCAGAGCCAGAAUGAUCUGUACCAGACAGACGAGUUUGUUAAGUUCGUCCUACCGCCGAGCUGGAUGUUUGUGUGGCUGUGGCAGUUCUGGGCGACGUUCUUUUGCUUCCUGGGGGCGUUUGCGCUGUGGCCGAUUAGCUAUGCGGAACAGUGGGUUUGGGAUGAGGGCGAAUCGCGGAAGAGCCGGAGUAAAGUCGAGGGGAGGAAAGGGCAGAGGGUUGGUGAUGUGCUUGAUGAUAUUGAGCUGAAAGACCUUGAGCGGAAGGCUUUGGUGAAUAAGCCGAGUAGGUAG